AUGUAUCUCGACCGGAUGCUCCCUGAACUUGAAAUGAGACCCACCCCAAUGAUGCCAGAAAUUCAGCAGUACCACUACUUGCAACAUCAGAACGACGAACAGCGCAGGACGCCCCACUGCCCCGCGUCGGGUCCAUCAAGCCCGGUGUCCAUCGGGUCUGAAUCCAGCUGCUCAAGUCCCGAAGCGAAAGCGCCCGUGGAAACUCGAGUAAGACGCCCUUUAAACGCGUUCAUCAUCUGGACGAAAGAGGAGCGCAGACGCCUUGCGCAGCUAAACCCGGACCUGGAGAACACCGACCUCAGCAAAAUACUUGGCAAGACAUGGAAAGCGAUGUCUCUGGCAGAGAAGCGUCCUUACAUGCAAGAAGCAGAAAGACUACGGAUCCAGCAUACCAUUGACUAUCCCAACUACAAAUACCGGCCCCGUCGACGAAAGUGCAACAAGCGGGGCAGCAAGAUGCCUUCAAGCGAGAACGUCAGCUCUCCAAAUGCCACCUUUGAUCUCAGCUACAUGUUUCAAGGUCAAGCCCCACAACGGCCAUACAACCAAUUAAACUCCUAUAGGCUUCCCCACAAUGGGCUUUCAUUUGAAAGCCACUCUUCAUCAUACCGCUUCGAGGCAACAUCAUCAAGUGGAAACGUGUUUCAUGGUGGUGCGACUUCACUGAAUUUGUCUUCUGUGCAUCUGCCGCUGUCUGCUUACCCAGAGUCACUAUUGUAUUCACAGCAUUCUGUCCAGCAGAGCGCAGUGGAGCUCCAUGAUAGGUGGGGAAAGGACGGUUGUGCGUGCGUGCUGUGUUUGGGUGGACCUUCUCUGGAGUUUUAUUUAGAACAGGUGAGAUCAGACAUGCUGGACCAGCUUGACCGCAGUGAAUUUGACCAGUACCUUAAUCCAGCACAGACUCUGGACCACAGCAAAGAGUGA